AAAAAAAAAAAAUAAACAGCUUGAGAUUUCUUCCAUGAGCUCAUGAUGUAAGCCAGUCUACUGCUUCUCCCCCUCGGACUAUCAUUCCAAGUGAAGAUGUGCUUUUCUAGCUGUGCACGCUCCCUGGGAGCGCGCAGCACCGCGAUCCGGUGCCCGCUGUGUCCUCCGGACACAGUGAAACACCGAUCGUCGGAUGGGACCUCUGUACGAGGUCCCGAUCAUGUGAUCACUGAUUGGCCAAUCAGUGAGCACAUGCAAAGUAGUAAGCAAGAUGUCACU